AAUAAAACCAUCACCGAGCUGCUGCUGCCACCCCGCCGGGCGUGUGCCUCCCGUCUGCAGCCAGCCCCCCGCUCCCUGCCAGCCCCGGGGUGCCCUUUGGGGCCAGAGGUGCUCACCUUGACCCCACACUUGCCGGCAUCUCCUGUGACAUUCCAGAGGCUGCAGAGUUCUGCUGCCAGCUCCUGCUGGUGUCAGACACGUGGAGCCCCAGGGAUGCAGCCCAGGUGUGAGACAGGAUCGACUCUGCUUCUCCAAAACCACCAAAAUUCCCCAGCAGGACGGGCUGGGAAUGACCUGGAACAGCCCAGGUGUGGGACAGGAUCGACUCUGCCUCUCCAAAACCACUGAAAUUCCCCAGCAGGACAGGCUGGGAAUGUCCUGGAACAGCCCAGACCUGGGACAGGAUCGACUCUGCUUCUCCAAAACCACUGAAAUUCCCCAGCAGGACGGGCUGGGAAUGACCUGGAACAGCCCAGACCUGGGACAGGAUCGACUCUGCCUCUCCAAAACCACCGAAAUUCCCCAGCAGGACGGGCUGGGAAUGUCCUGGAACAGCCCAGCCCUGGGACAGGAUCGACUCUGCUUCUCCAAAACCACCGAAAUUCCCCAGCAGGACGGGCUGGGAAUGACCUGGAACAGCCCAGGUGUGGGACAGGAUCGACUCUGCUUCUCCAAAACCACCGAAAUUCCCCAGCAGGACAGGCUGGGAAUGUCCUGGAACAGCCCAGGUGUGGGACAGGAUCGACUCUGCCUCUCCAAAACCACUGAAAUUCCCCAGCAGGACAGGCUGGGAAUGUCCUGGAACAGCCCAGGUGUGGGACAGGAUCGACUCUGCCUCUCCAAAACCACUGAAAUUCCCCAGCAGGACAGGCUGGGAAUGUCCUGGAACAGCCCAGGUGUGGGACAGGAUCGACUCUGCUUCUCCAAAACCACCGAAAUUCCCCAGCAGGACAGGCUGGGAAUGUCCUGGAACAGCCCAGACCUGGGACAGGAUCGACUCUGCCUCUCCAAAACCACCGAAAUUCCCCAGCAGGACGGGCUGGGAAUGUCCUGGAACAGCCCAGCCCUGCAGAGAGCAGCUGACAUUCCCACCUGGCUGGAAAUGUGUGAAAGCCUGGAGGAUUUCUGGAGGAAAGGGGGUAAAUUUGGGUCAGGUUGCUGUGUGCUGAGAGCAGGGCAGGAAGUGGCUGUGUUGACAGGGCUGGAGCUGUUUUUUCCUGUGGCACACACACGGAAUUCUCUCGGAGCCUGGAAACGUUUUUAUGGGAGAGAGCAAUUAUCCUGCAGGGUGAAUAAAAAAUAUUUGUGUGGGAAAUGAAUUUGUAGAAUAAAAAAUAGUCGGCUUGUGAUUGUAACAGCAUGAAUUGUAACAUCUGCAUUGUCUCACCCUUCACAUAAGGCUGAAAACAGGAUAAAAGUUUUUAAAACACC